UGGUAGCUGCUCACACAUUAUUCUCUGCUCCUCCCUUAUGUUGUGGUAGAAGUGGAGCGAAGAAUGUUGUAGUCCUGUCAAUAUAGGACAUCCCCUUUACAAGAAGGGAGGGAGGAAAACUGUGUCAGACUGGGGAAAAGACCAGAAGAAGGAGAGGCCCAGCGGGGUUCUUAAAGGGAAGCAAACUGCUGCUAUGACAGUUCCCAUAAUGUAAAAGGCAGACCAGCUGCACCCAUCAUUGUACUGCAAAGAAUGAGUGACGUUGAGGCCGCUGGCAGCCACGAUCUUGGAUAACCUUUCUUGCUUGUAGAAUUUCCUUAUUCUCACUGGAAGUAUCGAGAGAAGCUUUUGCUCAUGCAUUCUGACCAGAAAGUGGAUCUGAAAAUUAAUAUUAUCGGCCCUAUGGGAACUGGAAAAACCUCCCUUCUGAACCAAUAUGUACAUAAUUUUUUCCAAAAUGACUACCGGAACACAUUGGGAGCACACAUACUUACAAAAACCAUCCAGCUGGAAAAUAAGACCAUAAAGAUGCAGAUCUGGGACACAGGUGGACAGGAACGAUUCCGCUCUUUGGUAUCCUCCUUCUAUAAGGGCUCUGAUGGUUGCUUUCUGGUCUUCGAUGUCACAGACAAGGAAUCUUUUUUAAGCCUUGAGACCUGGAGGGCAGACUUUAUGGAUAAAAUACAGUCACCGGUUACUAAUUUCCCGAUAAUCAUUCUAGGAAACAAGAUUGACUUGGAGGAUCGACAGGUCUCUCAGGAUUUAGCAGUUUCCUGGUGUCAAGAAAAAAAAAUUCUUUAUUUUGAAGUUAGUGCCAAAGACAACAUCAACGUAGAUCUGGCAUUUGAAACACUGGCAAAAGAGGCACUAGUACACUACCACGAGUGUAGAGAAUGUCACCUUACUGAUUCCAUCAAGUUAACUCAACUUAAAGAGUCUCAUGAGAGUGUUUGCUGUUGACAGGACUGUACAGUCAUGAUACUGUACAACAUUUUUCUCCCCGACUGUUUUUAUGUUUUAAAAAAGUUUUAUGGAAUUUAAACAUGUAAAACAUGACUUUUUGGACAGAUAAUGAAAAACAUCAAGUCUAUAUGUGAGCAAAUAACUUGGUGCCUCUGUAAUUGAUGUAGACUCCUAUGGAGAACUAGGGCAUUUUUAAUUUUUUUUGUAUUCAGUAUAAGUUAUCUUUGGCAAUUUCCUAUUUGAGAGGUUACACACAAUGUAGCAAAUAAACCAGCAUUCAAAAUUUUGCAUUGAAGAAGUGUAUCA